CGAAAGAACUGAGGUGAGUUUCUCAACACUGCAUAACACGUGUAUAUACUAAUAUUACUUUCAAUUUUGUACAGUUGUAAAGGAAACAGCUCAUUUAUUGGUCAGGGAAAGAUAACUCAGUCAUCAUGAACAGUUACUUCCCUUUGUUGUUGGCCCUGGUGGCUGUCCCUCUGUAUGCUGCUCCAGCAGCGCCUAUGAACAUGACCUAUUACAUGGAAAACGUGGGGUCUGUUCAUGGGAAAUGUGGACGCCAAUGGACUCUACCUAUAGAUGGGAAAUACCAGUAUGAACUGGUCUCUCAUGGGCGGGCAGUGAACGGCGAUUGUACCACCACGAUAGUUGUAGGUCAUUCAUCAAAGUGUACCCGCAAAAUCUGUGUGCGUAUGGACGAAUGGACUCUGGAUGCUGACAUCAUGAACGUUACUUUUAAUGGAGAAGCAGAAAAGAAAGUACUGAAGUAUGGCUCGGAGAAGAUGACCAAGACCUGUUUUGCAGGAAUAAGAUUAGAAAUCCGUGUGAUGGAGGAUUCGAAGUAUGCCGAGAAAUGGGCAAAGGAAGAGGUCCCAAACAACGUGUACAGCUUCAAGUUCGCUGUUUUCCCGGACUGUCCCGGGUAUCCCCAGGGACUUGUGGAGGCUUCAGACAAAGACUCUGCUGACUUUAACAGUGCCGCGGAGUUGGAGGCGGCCACCACGAUGAACAUUGUGUACGGAGUGAUCGUGGCUCUCCUGCUCGCUAGCGUCUUCCUGGUCGUCCUGUUGAUCACUUACUGCUACUACAAGAACAACCCCCAGGGACGCAAGAGGAGGUCGCAGAAAACAUCCAAACUUGAGGAAACUUUCAACAAGGAAAAGAAGGUGAUGGGAGAACAGGUCGCCAAGGACAAGCGUGUGGAGGGUCACUACAAGAAAACGGACAACUCGGAGUUACAGCCCCUGGUCUCUGCCGCCGCUCCAGCCGCCGCUGCUGUUGUUACCCAGGACGAUCACGGUUCACCGACCAUCAAAAUCAGCGAAGACACCGACGAUAAGGAGGAGAAGGGCGAGGAGUAGAGAGGGAAGAAUUAACUCACCAUUCCGUCGUAAAUUGAUCGCCGUAAUCUUAGAGUAAUUUAAGGGUCGCUUUGCGAUCAAGUAAUUUUCAUGGGGGAAAUUUGAGAUAUUUUGCAGUCUAUUUUAUUUUUAUAUUGGGUUGAGAUGUUAGUUUUUAUAUUGGGUUGAGUAUAGGAUUUUUUCGGGUCCAGCUGGUCUUCUGUGAGCGGGUUUUAUAUUACUGUGUUGAAGAUUUACAUGAGAAGUACGGUAACAUUCUCUGCAGCUGAGCUGAAUUUCCCCCUAGAGUAAUUUGAUCAUAUAUGAAAUAAAGGUAAAAUUUGGACAUGUCCAAUCAAUUUUAAAAACAAGAGGCAUACCCAUUGUAACAUUAAGCAGUGAAUAUUAUUUUUAUGGAGGACUGAAAUCAGUGUUCUUUGUGUUCAAGAAUUUACCCACAUUCAAAGUGAAUGCUUGGUUUUGAAAACUGAGAGAGUGGUUUUUAUCAUGCAUUUUCUGCUCAAGUAUAGUAGAACGGAAAAUUAUGUAUCUGAUCUGUCCAUCACUUGGUGUAAAAUCAUCAAAGUUUAUUACUUAUAUUUCCAAUACAGAUAUUUUAGAUUUUCAAUAAUUAUCUAUCGUUUUUGUGUGGAAACCAUUUACUAGUAUAUUUUUUUAAUUUCUGUAAUCAUUUUAAUCUUUGAAUGCUUAAUGAAAGCUUCGGAUAUUUAAAGUCAUAUUUUUUUUAUAGCUGGUUGUGUUUUUAACGAUAUUUUAAUUAAAUAUUUGACUACAUUUUCAUGUAUAGGGUAGUUAUAGGGGUCAGCUUAUUGUUACUUUAUACCAGAUCUGUCCAUGUGGUACCCUGUCCUAAGGUUGUAAUAGUUAUCUCAUUAAGCCCUGCCUGAGUUGUACCAUGUACUAGUAACUCAUCUAAAACAAUGGCCUAGAUGUUACGCAGUGAGGAGAGAGAAAUAUUCUUAUUACGGUAGAACUUUGUAGAGAAGUGCUACAGAGGGAGUUAGAGGUUACUUACUUAGACGUAUUGUCUCUGCGACUUUGUGUACGUGUGUCUGUGUGAAUUAGAAUCCAACCCCACGGAGUGUUAAACAAUUAGUCCUAUAAGGGUCGUCCCAGCUAAGUUAUUUAAAUUUUGGAACAAAGAAGAGCAAAUUUUCAAGAAUUUUAUCUCUUUUUGAUACAUUUGAAAAAAAUAAACCAAUAGAAAAUUUAAGUUCAAACUUUUGAAUCAAAAAAAAAUUAAUUUGUAUACAUUUUUUGCCGUUGAUACAUUUGGCUAAUCUAUAGAAAAUUUGAAUCAGAUUAUGGCCUUUCAAUAGCUGUGGCUGGGAGCCCUGAGAUUUGUAGUUUAUCUGGGAUAUAGUGAUCCCUAGUCUCUAGUUUCUUCUCUCUCAUGUAGAUAAAUGUGUAGACAGAUAGUACAUUCAUCGCCUACUUGCAAUACCAUACAUUAUACUUAUUGUACAUGUAUAGUAUAUAUGUACAUUAUCAGAAUGUAGCUGGCUAGUUUUUCCAUCCAAGCUUUUAACUCAUUUAUUGUGUAUCUACAUGGUAUGUGCAAUCAAUUUUUGUCAGAAUCUUUUGAAGAUCAGCAAUUUUUUUUUGGUAAAACAAGAAAGGCAACUCUUGCAACACUAUUGAAGAAUUAUUUUUUUUUAGUUUGAUUUUUUUUCCAGACUCCACGUAAAACCUUUAUUCCGGAGUGAAGUUUUUGGUUAUUCUUACAUUUUCAAUGAAAUCCAAUAUAUUAUAUGAUUAUUUUUUCAAACCGGUAUUUUUUUCUUCUGACAAAAUUGUGUCACCUUUUUGUGUACAUCUUCUGAUAUGAAUUUUAAUGUUUUGCUUAGCUGUAUGGUUGUUUCACCCUGGCAAAUUGUGUCACAUUCGUGUAUUUACUCUCCAAUAGCAAGCCAAGUGGGUGCUUUACACACUAAAUAAAAUUUUGAUUUAAUCUG